AUGAAAUACGCUCAGUUAGUCGUCGGUCCUGCUGGCAGUGGCAAGUCAACUUAUUGCUCAACAAUUCAACAACACUGCGAGAAUAUUCAGCGUACUGUUUUUGUUGUUAACCUCGACCCAGCUGCAGAAGUUUUUAACUACCAGCCGGCAGUCGAUGUUCGAGACUUGAUAAGUGUUGAUGAUGUUCAAGAAGACAAGGACCUCUCAUUCGGUCCUAAUGGAGCUUUAGUUUUUUGCAUGGAGUACUUAAUUGAAAAUCUAGAUUGGCUUCAUGAGCAACUUGACGAAGCAGAAGAUGAUUAUUUUUUAUUUGAUUGCCCAGGACAGAUUGAAUUGUACAGUCAUUUACCCGUGAUGAGUCAACUUGUGGAAGCACUGAAGUCUUGGGACUUUAAUGUGUGCACAGUUUUUCUUCUGGAUACUCACUUUGUGUUAGACGUUGAUAAAUUCUUAGCUGGUGCUUUAACUACACUCUCAACAAUGGUUACGCUUGAGGUGCCUGCAGUUAACGUUUUGACAAAAGUUGACCUUUUAUCGGAACGAAACAAAGCCCUUCUGGAAACAUUUUUGGAAGCCGACUCCAGUUCACUUCUUCGUAGUGAAGAAACUACUCCAUGGAAUGCUAAGUACCGAAGACUUACAGAAACCAUCGCAACUGUAUUGGAAGACUAUAGCCUCGUGAGGUUUGUCCCCCUCGAUAACACAGAUGAAGAAGCAAUAUCCGACUUAUUACUUUUAAUUGACAACACCAUACAGUACGGGGAGAACCUGGAAGUGGGUCAAUGUUCUUUAAAUCUACAAAGUCACUGGGAGUGA